AUGAUUCAGAGAGAUACGGGUACGCUAUCAGUCGAUUGGAUAUUUUCGAUGGUUAGCGCCAAAUUGGGUACAUCAGCUCAUCAACGUUUUGUUGUGGAUAUUGUUCCUACGCUAAGCUCCAUAUCGAGAGCCGACAGCUUCGUUGACACGAAUCAUGAGAGGUGCUUGGAAAGCUUUGAGAGAAGAUAUCCCGUGAUGUUUGGACUAGAGCUGGAUGUUUCCGAUGAGGUAGCAAUGCUGGACAGAAAUGGUAAUAUUUCGAAGGACGGUAAGGAUGCGAACAAGAACGCACAUCAAAACGGGCAGUUAAGCAGGGAUAUUGACACUGCAGAUAGAGGGAAGUUAGAGGAAUUAUACCAGUGGUAUGUAAUUCCUAUGCAACCCGAAGCACAUAUGGGAAUUGCAGCCUUGCAGCAAAAAAAAAGCAGCCAACAUCGAUGA